AUGGAGAACAGAAAUUCAAAGACCAUGUCACAACUGAAGACAACCAAAUUUUUACCUGCUCUGCCUUUGCUUUCUCAAGCACUUGAGAAUGAAGACUUUGAAGGGUUGGCAGAUACAAGGCUGGAAAAGAAUUAUGUUGAGAAUGAAAUGUUUCGAAUGAUUGAGGCGGCUUCAGCUUGUGUGCGUCAUUCAGCUGCGAAAAGGCCAUGGAUGAGACAGGUGGUAAGGGCUUUUGACUUCUUAGAUGAAUUAUCAGAUCUCAGUAACGGAAUGAAACCUGGACAAAUCAAGACUACAGUACAAGUUUUUUUAAUCACACUCGGAGUAGCUGGAAAAGUAGAGACUCUAGAGAGCACGGGGACAAAACCGGGAGUAGCUGGACAAAACAUGAUUUCGUUGUCAGGAUGCACAUUUCUGUAUUCUUUUUUAAUCUAG